AUGCCCGUCUUCUCCCGUAUCGUCUCGCCCAUCUUCAGGAUCGGAGAGAUCCUCUUCGGCGCUGUCGUUGCAGGCAUUAUCGGCUCCUACCUGCGCUCCUUCAGCCGCAACAACAACGGCGAUUUCCCCCAGAGCCGCUGGAUCUACACCGAGGUCAUUGCUGGCGUUUCCAUCCUGCUAGGCCUGCUCUGGCUCUUCCCGAGCUCCUUUUCCUUCAAGACAUGGCCCAUGGACGUUAUUCUCUCGCUGGCCUGGUUUGCCUCGUUCGCCGUGCAGGUUAACUCUCUCGGUACUCGAAACUGCGGCACUGCCUUCCAGUGGACCGGUUUCACCAACGGUGACCCCUGUGGCCGAUGGAGAGCCGCAGAGGCAUUCAGCUUCCUCUCCGCCUGCUUCUGGAUUGUCUCUGCCCUCAUUGUAUGCAUUCUCUCCCGCUCUCUCUCUCUCUCUCUCUCUCUUUCUCACCGAGGAACUUCUCGUUGCUAA